AUGAUUGAUGAUGCGGAUGACGAAGAAAUGAGUGAUGAGGAGGAGGACCGACAACCCCUAGAGGAGGGACGUGUUAUAAUUCUCGGAAACAUUGGAUUGGCUGUGGUUAUUACCGCACGUGCUAAAAUUCUUGAGCUCCUUGAAUGCACCUUGCCCUAUAGCAGGCAUGGUAUAACUCUUUGGAUCAUUGAGUUCGCCUCAGUUCCCCUCUAUGCAUACAUGAUCUGGAAAGAAAUCAAUGAUGUUGAAGAGGACCAAGAAGAAAUGAGUGAUGACGAGGGAGAGAUGAAUACGAAAUGGGGACUCGCACCGGAGGUUAUCAAUAACAUCCCGACAUCAAAGAUUGGAAGUGAUACAUUGUCUUCACCGUUUUUUUCGAAGAAAUGCAGCUGCAUAAUCUGCUUGGAGGGUUUCAUGAAGGAAGAGGUCGUCAAGAAGUUGCAUAUCUGUCUCCAUAUCUUCCAUGGUGCAUGCGUUGACAAGUGGCUUGACAAAGCUAACUACUGCCCAUAUUGCAGAAGGUCUAUAAUGCUUUCAUGA